UUACUUCGCAGCCACCGUACUUUUCUGCACGGGAAACGGCGUUUGUUUGUUGUGUUACCUGUUAACAUUAGCUAAAGACAUGGCGGAAUACACACACGUAAAAUCUACCAAACUGGUUUUGAAAGGUCAUAAUAAAGGGAAAAAGAAGAAAAACAAAGAUAAGAAAAGAAAAGCCACAGAUGAAGAGGAAAGGCUUGAUAUUGUUGGUGGCUGGUGGUCUGUAAGCGGCUUUGGAGAAAUUACAGGAACAGUUGCCAUAGAGAUGCAGAACAACUCAUACAUCCAUGCCCUGGAUACCGGUCUCUUCACACUCGGUUCACCACACAGAGAUGAUGAAGGACCAGAUCCUCCCGAACAGUUUACUGCCAUCAAGCUCUCAGACACACGGAUAGCCUUGAAGUCUGGAUAUGGAAAGUACCUCGGCAUCAACUCUGAGGGUGUGGUGAUGGGGCGCUCUGAUGCCAUUGGCUCCAGGGAACAAUGGGAACCAGUCUUGCAGGAUGGCAAAAUGGCUCUCCUGGCAGCAAAUAGCUGUUUCAUUUCCUACAGUGACAACGGGGACAUUGUGGCCAAGAGCAAGACAGCAGGGGAUGGCGAGAUGGUGAAGAUCCGAACUUGUGCAGAACGAGAGGUCAAGCGUAAAGAUGACAUUGCAGAUGAGGACAGGGGCAACGUGAAGUCCUGCGAGGUCAAUUAUGUGAAGAAGUUUCAGAGUUUUCAAGAUCGAAGGCUCAGGGUUAAUGAGGGCGACGCCACUGUCCUAAAGAAAGCCAGGACGGAUGGAAAAUUUCACGAAGCUUUGCUCGACAGGCGAAGCAAAAUGAAAGCAGACAGGUACUGCAAGUGAAGAAUGUGGAUUGCUGUCAUGCCUUUGUAAAUGUAUGCAUUUUAUAGAUUUGAUCAUAUGACAUGGGAUUAUGACUGUGACUGUUUUAUGUAUUUUGAAUAAACUUUUAAUGUUU